CCAGGAGCAAUAUGGCGGCUGUAGCACGGAAGCAGAUAAAACUAUAUGUGGUGUUGAUUCUUAGUUGGAUAGCAAUCAGUACCACACUAGAAAUUCAGAAGGUAGAGGUGGAUGUUUGCUCGGAACCCUACCCACCAAUGCCUAAUUUCUACUACAGCGAGACACAAACCAAUGGUAACGGUUUAGAGUGCUAUGAGUGCGAGGUAGCGAAUACUAGUGAGAUCAGUGACAAGACCUGUAACAUUAGUAACUGCACUGGAACUGGACCGGCUGGCUCUUUACCUACUUGUUACAGAUGGGAGUUCACCUAUAAAGGUAUUGAUAAGAAUCUGAUAAGAACCGGGUGUUCAGUGAACUGUUCCUCUAUCAACUACAAACAAUACAUGUGCAGCGGCGUGGGUGAGAAAGUAUUUGAGAAAUGUGACUUCACCAUGUGUUCAGGAAACAAGUGCAACUCAGCAUUCCUAUCUUCCUACAGUAGCAUACUUCUAGUUCCUCUAUUAUUUCUUACAUACUUCCAGUACUGACCCCAGUUCUACAGAAAGUACAUUACUAGUGUGCAGUGUUAAGCGCU